AUAUUUCAGCGGAUAACGGGACAGGUGAUCGGGUUUCUACUGGACGAAGCUCUCCUGGUGUUGGAUGUUCAUUUUCUUUUUUCCUGGAUUUUCAUUGACUUCGUGAAAUUACUUUUAAGACCCAUGGAAGUUUGAUAAAAGGUGAUCAAAUGGAUUUGAUGAGAAAAAGUGGCUGCGUGCUGAUUUUACUCAGCGUAUCCGCGUGCGCAUCAAAGCUUCUUGGCGACAUUUACGAGCCCAGAGGUCAGCAAAUAUGCAAGCGUGGCACUGAGAAGCCCUGCUAUAAAAUUGCCUAUUUUGAAGAAAAUCGGCGUAAACUCAACUUUGAAGAUGCGAGUCGAGCCUGCAGGAGUGAUGGAGGCGAUCUUCUCAGUAUUGAGUCUAAGACUGAGCAGAGACUGAUAGAGAACUUCAUCCAUGAACUGAAAGCAUCGGACGGAGACUUCUGGAUCGGUCUCCGUAGGGAUCUAGCCAAUAAAGAGAUAAACGGAGACUGUCCUUCUCAAUACUACUGGCUGGAUGGAAGCCGAGCAACCUUCAGGAACUGGCACUGGGAUGAGCCUUCUUGUGGAUUUGAGGUGUGUGUAGUAAUGUACCAUCAGCCAUCUGCUCCUCCAGGUCAGGGUGGACCUUACAUGUUCCAGUGGAAUGAUGACAAUUGUGAAACCAAAAACAACUUUAUCUGCAAGUACACCAAAGGUUGGGAAGAUAAACCUCCAGCACCCGUUCCUGCAGAAAAUAGAACAUUUGAAGGUGCUCUUCCGACACCCAGAAUACCCCAAAACCCCUCUGUCACAGACAAGGAUGAUGGCAUGAGGGUGGUCGUAUCUGAACCUCCAGACAACAUUGUUAAUAUUGCUUAUAUUGUGCUGCCAACCAUCCCACUUCUGCUGCUGUUGAUUGUGGCGACAAGUGUUUUCUGCUUUAAGCUGUUCACAAAGAGGAAGAAACAACAGACUGAGACCCCUCCGAAGGAGCCAGGAUACAGGGGCGCUGGAGAAAGAUGCAACAGUCCAAGCCCUGACGUCUAUAACGUCAUCCGGAGGCAGCAUGAAUCAGACCUGGCCGGCACGCGGCCUGACAUCAAGAACACUUCCUUCCUUGGUUCUUCUCCAGACACUCCACCUGGAGAUUACGACAACUUGGCAGGCCGGGACACUGAAAGUGGUUUUGUGACACUGGCCAGCACUGAGAGCAGCUUUGUGACCAAUGACUUGUACGAUACGCUGCAAGGUCGUGGAAGUGGGAGAUAUUACAGAGACCAGGGAUGGAUGGAUGAAUUAUAUGGCUACUAAUAUGUAAGGUGAACAUUAGCAUUUAACUGCAUAUUCUCCUAUAAAAAUGAUAAUAGCUGUUGAUGUCUUACCCAAGUAUUUCCUUGGUGCGAGAUAUCCAAUAUUAUCUAUUUCAGUACAGGUUAUCAAAUCAGGAGGACGCUAGAGCUCAAAAGAGACCUGGAUGUGUGUACUGUAUUAAAUGAAUGAGAAGCUGCGUCCCAAAUGAAGCACUAUACACUAUGCACUCAUACACUAUGUAUUAAUGCACUAUGUACUCAACCAUGUAGUGUAUGAAUUAUAUAAGGUUAUUUUGUCAUUCUUAAUCUCAAGUCUGAUAGCCCCUCUCCCUUCGCUACGUAAUUAACUGGGACCUAUGUGUCCAACAUUACACACUUCGUUUUUUUCAGUUAUUUAAGUGCAUCAUCUAGGUAUUUAA